AUGGCGCCCAAGAAGAAGCGCGGACAAAACGCCGGGCGCAAGCAGGAAAGUGCGGACCAACCGCUCUCCGAGCGCGCGCAGUACCUACAGCGCGAGUACGCCAUGCUCUCAGAAAGCCUGGUGGCCUGUGAGCAGCGGAUCGACGAGGUGCUGCAGAACAAUGCGUUCCUGAACAGCGAGGCGCAGCGACUGCGGGAAGAGAACCGGCUUUAUGUCGGUUACGCGAGCGCGCACGCUCUGCGCUGCGCCAACGCCGUCGUGCGGGUCGAGGACCAGAACCGCAUAGACCUGGCACAGAUUCGGUGGCAGCGAGCGGAGCUGGCCUCCUUCUACCACAGCCGUGAGGACGGGGUGCGCGCUCAGCUGCAGGAAAUGAAGAAGCGCGCGGAGAACAUGACGCAGCAGGUGCAGGAGCUCCAGCCCUACAAGGAGCUGCAGCUGGAGCAGCUGGCGCGAAUCCGGACCCUGGAGCGCGAGCUGCUGCACAUGCGGGUGGAGCAUACGCAGCUCCUCCACCAGGUGAAGCGACGCUUCCUGGAUGAGAAGUCGGCUUUCGAGCGGGAGGCGCGGCUGCAAGUGCAGUCCCUGACGCGCCGCUCCGAGCGGGAGGCGGCGCGUUCCCUCAUUUCCCACGCACAGGCCCUCAAGGCGGACAAUGGGCAUCUCCGACAAGAACUCAUGAGGCUUCUCCAGAGGACCCAUUUACUGCAGGACAUGCGACAGCAGCUGCUGGAGCAGCGGGAGCAGCUGCGCCGGGAGCACGUGGACAUGCAGAACCUGGAGCAAAUGCACGGCUGGUUGCACAGGGGCCCCGGGGGGCCACCACUCUGGCAGCCACCGCAAAGCCUCCAACCCAUCGGGUCAAUUGCCAUGUCAACCAGGCACGUUUUAAAAGCCCAGGCUACGCCCCAGUCAGUUCCGACCUCCCGGGGCCCAUCCAUGGAUCAGUCACACCGACCCUCCAAGACUCCAUCUAUAUUGUCCAGUGAGUCUCUUCCGGGUCGGUCUCCGAAGGCUGGCUCUGUGAUUCCUCCCCGGAGUCCAUCACAUCCAGGAUCUCGAGUCUCAUCUCUGACUCCAUCACGCAAGGACUCGCGGGUCUCAUCCGUGACCCCGUCAGGCAAGGGCUCCAGGGUUCCAUCCAUGACCUCCAGUACCUUGCGGUCGCGCGAGGGCUCUCGGAUCUCUCCACAGCCUUCCUUGCGUGAGGUCUCUCCAGAAAUUGACACACCUGCAAGGUCCAGCUCCAAGCUUCCCUCAGCCCUGUCUGAAGAUCAGGCCCCUCUCAGCCCACAGUUGGAGGAGGCAGAGAACACUGAAGAGGACACAGAAACUGUCUUGGAGCAAGCCUGAACCCACAGGAGGGGACAGGCCAGUAGGGCAUGGGAUGGAGGACAAACUUGGCAAACUUGGAAGAUUUCUUGGUGCAUAAAUAUGUUAAUAAAGGUGUUACAUAAACCCUGUGAUGCUCUGACACUUGCCUGGGUCGAUGCCCUUGCAUUUCAAGUG